GGUCUGCAUAUAAUCGCCCAAAAUUGGAACCCACCAACUUCAUGAGACCCUUUAGCCGUUGUCUUGGGCGUCAAACUUCGCUCGAAGGUAUAGCCAGCCGAGCCAAAACUCCAAAGGUCUCGCAAUCUAAACCUCAAUUGAAAAAAUCAUCAAGUGGUGAAUCUCCAAAACUUCCUGUUCAGCCUCAAGGCACCAAGCACCUCGCCAUGUCUGCAGAGUCGAAUUAUCAGUCAUGGACCAAAAACGGCCUCAUUCAGAAAGUCAAGGAACUCGAGGCUGAACUCAGAAAUCGGCCUGCUCCAGAGCCAAAACCUGUACCUGAGAUCCAGCCUGAAAAUGAAGAGGGAGAUGAAGCCAAGAAGACAAAACCAAAGGGAAAGAGAAAGAUGGAUCCCAGCAAAUAUUCUACACGAUUUAUCGCCUUGAAACUUGCGUAUCUAGGCAAGAAUUACGGUGGCUUUGAGUUCCAAGCAAUGGCCAACGCUCCAUCAAUCGAGGAGGAACUAUGGAAUGCUCUCACAAAAGCAUGCCUCAUCUUUCCUGAAGAUGAACGAAUUGUCGAUUUUGACUGCUGCGAAUAUUCAAAGUGUGGUCGCACAGAUAAAGGAGUCAGCGCCUUUGGUCAAGUCAUCGGCCUUCGAGUUCGAAGUAACAGACCCUUGCCUAAAGAGCAAAGGCGUCUAAGUGAAGCAGGCGAGGCAAUGGUCGUUGACGAAAAGCUGGGAGAGAAUGCAGAAGAGGAACCUGUAGAGGAUACACCACCUUUCGAUGAUAUCAAAGAUGAGCUUCAAUAUCCUCGACUACUUAACCGUGUUCUACCCCCUGAUAUUCGCAUCCUCGCCUGGUGCCCCUCUCCGCCACCAGACUUCUCUGCUCGUUUCUCAUGCCGCGAGCGUCAAUACCGAUAUUUCUUUACACAACCUGCUUUCACUCCUGAACCCAGUGCUCGUGGUGCAAGGAACGGCUGGCUCGACAUCGAGGCGAUGCGCGAGGCUGCUAAGCGAUACGAAGGAGAGCAUGAUUUCCGCAACUUUUGCAAGAUCGACCCUGGAAAGCAGAUCACAAACUUUGUUCGCACAAUUUACGAGGCUGAAAUCGAAGAGGUCAAGGACGUCAGCUCAGCUUUGCCAUAUGUUUCUGGAUCCACGUAUGUCCCUGCAGGAGGCUUGCCCAGUGACGGUACUGUGUACCCCAAGGUGUACUCGUUCAACGUUCGAGGGUCUGCUUUCUUGUGGCACCAGAUUCGUCACAUGGUUGCUGUACUCUUCCUUGCAGGUCAGAAGUUGGAGGCGCCUGACGUUGUGACGACUCUGCUCGACGUUAAAGCCAACCCCUGCAAGCCUAACUAUGUCAUGGCAGACGAAGUGCCUCUAGUGCUCUGGGACUGCAUCUUCCCUGGUACAGAUUCUACCCCGGUCGAUCCCGCGGCCAAGAAGACCGAUGGCCUUGACUGGGUGUAUCUUGCAGAUGAUCCUGCGCUCAGCAAGCCUGGCCCCUUUGGUGUCAUGGAUGGUAUGUGGGCGUAUUGGCGGGAGCGCAAAUUGGAUGAGUUGCUCUCGAACCAAUUAUUGCAAAUGGUAUCUACACAGCGCAGCAAAGAUCCCUCGAGGCAUGUCACUCGCCCUGAGCCCUCGGGCAAGCAGGCGAACAGUGUAGUUGUCUACGAGGGUGGUAACGGUGGCCGUAUGGGUGGCCGCUACGUGCCCUUGCUGCAAAAGGUUAAGCUGCAGUCUCCUGAAGAGCAAAAUGAGAGAUAUGCUAUAAGAAAGGGGUAUACUAGCUCAGAAGAUAUGCGAAACCAGAAGGGUAUUGGAAAGCGAAAGGCAGAUGAGGCCAUGGAUGAGUAGACAUCGCAUGAUGCGUUUCAGGAUAUAAAUAAAUAAAGAAUUAAAUCAUAUCAUCGUAU